CCCCGCAAAAACAUGGCUGCCUCCUUGCAAGGCGUUGCGAGGGUUUUAUGGCGAUUAAAGCCUUCAGUUUUGCCUCCACUACGGAUUUAUCAGCCAUGUCUCCGGAGUUUGUGUCCCAGAGCAAGUCUUUCACUAGUGGUUCUCCCAAGCCACUCUCUCUGCCAGGCUGUAUCACUACAAGAUGAGGGUGCUGCUCAUGCUGCUGAGGCACUGUCCCGCUACAAAGAAAAACCCUGGGAAUAUCUAGAGAGUGAAGAAUACAUAGAGAAAUAUGGAAGCAGCCCAGUGUGGACAGGCUACAGGAGAAACCACAAAGGAGGAAUCCCCCCACAGAAAACACGCAAGACUUGCAUUAGGGGUGACAAGAUCUGUGGAAACCCCUGUCCAAUUUGCCGUGAUGCAAAUAUUAUAAUUCAUCCCCAGAAUGUAAAGUUGCUGGAGCAGUUCAUCAGCCCCUAUACUGGCAUGGUCUAUGACCCCACCAAAACUGGUGUGUGUAUGAAGCAACAUAAGAAAAUGACAGAAGCCAUCGAUGCAUCUCGGGACCAUGGAUUUCUUCCUUUUCAGAUUCCUUAUGUGGAGUUCACAAAAGACAACUACUCCAACUCCCAUGAUGCAGUGGGGACCACACCACCCCCUCCAUCUUUAACAGCUGGAGAGAGCUGGUAUAAAUGGUACAGCCAGAUAACGCCUGAUGAGACUGAAGUGACCAAAGUCAAGAGAAAGUACAAGGCCUAUUUAAAAUAGCUCUGGUUGUAUGUUUUACUUUGUUUAUUGUGGACUCUUCUUAUGUAUUGAAUUGUGGAACAUGUACAAUAAAAAGAUUCAAC